ACUCAUUAAACACAUGGGUCCCACUCUCUUACUCCCUACACGCCCUUCUUAUUCUUAUACUCUACCCACUUUAUUCACCAUUACUUCCUCACUCAAUCUCCAUUUUCUCCAUUCUAAUCCUAAACCCACCAUUAAUAAACACCCUUCAUUUCCUUUCUACAUUUCAUCAAUAUCCCUAUCUCCAUUUUGUCUCAAUUAAAGUAUAUAUUAAUUUUGCAUGUAAAAGUUUUCAAAAUAAACAAACCGAUAUUUCAUAAAUCAUCAAAUCAAACCAAUGACAACCCACUAUAGAAAAUUACUAUUACCACUUCAAGAUCAUAACCCAACAAUAUUUUCAUCAAAAAAUAAUUACCCAUCAUCAAACUCUCAAGAAACUGAAAACCCAGCAAAUUAUUCAUCUUCUUCUUCAUCUUGUUGUUAUAAUAAUUUAAAACUAAAUCCUCCAUUUGAUUCAGCAAUGGCGCUUACUGUUUUAGUACUUUUAACGGCUCUUUUUUUCAUGGGUUUUUUCUCCAUUUAUAUUCGUCGUUUCGCCGAUGAAUCUUCUGUCGACCCGAACCGAAGACGUCGGAGCUCCGAUUCUGCUCCGACUGUUACGACGUCGUAUUUGUCGAGUUUAAAAGGUUCAUCAAAAGGGGUGGAUCCAUCGGUGGUGAAUUCCUUGCCGGUACAUGCUUAUUUCCCUGGGGAUGCGAAACAGGGGAUAAUUGAUGAGACAGAGUGUGCCAUUUGUUUGAGUGAGUUUGAGGAGAAAGAAUGGGUGAAGGAAAUACCAUAUUGUGGUCACGUGUUUCAUGUUGGUUGUAUUGACACGUGGCUAGCAAGUCACGUGACAUGUCCGCUUUGUAGGACGGCGAAAUUGUUGAUGGUGGAGGAGGAAGAAAAGGUGGAAGUGGUGGUGGAAGGACAGGUGGCGGAAGGAGGAGAGAGGGGAUUGGGUGUAGGUGAGGUGCAGGGAGAUGAUGUGGAGACUCGUGGAGAGAUGAGAUUGGUGGUGGAUGGUGGUGACACGUGGAAUGAAGAGGGAAGAGUAGUGGGAGCCACAAGUGAAAGGAGAAGUAGUAGUAGUAGUUGUGUUUGGUUUGGUGAGAGAGUGAGCUUGCAUCGAUCAUUUAGUUUUUGAUAUUAAUCAAAAAUAGUGUGUUUGUUUUUUUUUUUUGUUAAUUUAUAUUAAAAUUAUUUUUUUUCUUUUUAUUGGUUACAAAAGCAUAGAAAUGUUUGUAUAUAGAAUUAAUUAAAGAUAAUGAGAUUUCUAUUUGUUUCCACUAAA